GUCAAAACACGAUAUGAAUCUAAUAUCCUUCCAGCUCUGUUCGACUAUUCCAAGGAGUUUCACAUAUUUCCUUGGUGAUUAAAUCUUAACUGAAUGCUCCCCUCCACCUGUGCCUUGUAGUAGAUAGUUGUAAUGGCCGCUGAUCCAACACCCCCUGUUUGCUUUCUUCUAUUGCUACUACUUAUAGUUUCCUACCCACAUGGCUCCCAUGCUCAAACCACCUCGUCAAACAUUACCUUGGGCUCCAGCAUCACAACUGUAAACGAGUCCUUUUGGGCUUCACCCUCGGGAGAUUUCGCAUUUGGGUUCUAUUCCCUCUCCACUGGUCUCUUCCUCGUGGGGAUAUGGUUCGACAAGAUCCCAAAGAAAACGCUUGUGUGGUCGGCAAACCGCAACCACUUAGCUCCAGCUGGUUCUGUAGUGGCGCUCACGCUUACCGGAAACCUUGUUCUUAGUUACCCAAAUGGAACCAUAUAUUCCAUCUACAACGGCACCGCUGCACGGUCGGCGUCCAUGGAAAAUGAUGGGAAUUUUGUCCUGAGAAACUCCACCUCACAAGUUAUCUGGCAGAGCUUUAGUUUUCCGACCGACACUCUCUUACCGGGCCAAGUUCUAGUUAUGGGACAGAAGCUGUAUUCCAAUGCAAAUGGGACUUUCGACUACUCGGCAGGAAAAUACAUGUUAGAGAUGCAGUCAGACGGCAAUGUCGUGCUCUCAGCAUACCAAUUUGCAGAUCCUGGUUAUUGGGAUGCUCAAACUAUUUACAUGAAGAAUGUAACUCUGAUUUUCAGCCAGGAGGAUGCAGCCAUUCGCCUUGAUAAUACGACUGGACUUCUCAAAUACUUGACAACAAAUGCUGUACCCAGUCCUAUCCAAAAUUACUACCACAGAGCAACACUUGACGGUGAUGGAAAUUUCCGGCUAUACGUUCUCCAGAAAGGAUCAAGCGAUCAGUGGAAACCGGUGUGGAAACUAUUUGUAGAGCCUUGUCGUGUGAACAGUGUAUGUGGGAUGUAUGGGUUCUGCACAUCGCCGGAUAACAACACGGCGUCCUGCGAGUGCCUCCCGGGUUAUUCUCCCCUGGACCCCAGCUUUCCUUCCAAAGGAUGCUACAUGGAAGACGUGCCGGAAAGCUGUGGUGGGCAUCCAUCUAUGGUGGACGUUACAGUGUUAGAAGACGCUGAUAUUCCAAAUUCAAAUGACUUCACAGACUAUGUAAGACUUUUUUCUGCAACUGAGGAAAGCUGCAAGAAGGCAGUCAUGGGUGAUUGUUACUGCAUGGCUGCGACCUUGGUGAAUUCCGUUUGUUACAUGAAGAGGACCCCUUUGUUGAAUGCAAGAAGAAACCUCCCUCAUACUACCGGAAGUAAAGCCUUCAUCAAGGUUCCUGUAAGGGUUACUAUUCCAGAUGUUGAUCAAGAUGGAAACAACUGGUCUCGGGCUUCCCUCCAUACUGGGAUCAUAACAUGCGCCACACUUGUUUUACUGUUCGCACUCGUUGCCAUCUACUAUCACCCAUUAACCCAGAGACGUAACAGACGAAAGAAUCCCUCAGCCAAGGCGAAGCAGCUGGACAUUAAUUUGAGGGCAUUCUCGUUCCAAGAACUCCAUGAGGCAACAAAUGAGUUCACCGACGAACUGGGCCGAGGUGCUUUCGGCACAGUCUACAGCGGGAUCUUAAGAAUAGAUAAUAAGCUGAUUGAGGUUGCAGUGAAGCAGCUGGACACGGUGGACGAACAACGCAGUAAAGAGUUCGUAACAGAGCUAAGAAUAAUCGGCCGGACCCAUCACAAGAAUCUGGUUCGGCUAUUGGGCUAUUGUGAAGAAAACAACCACUGCCUUUUGGUUUAUGAAUUGAUGAGGAACGGGACUCUGUCUAGCUUCUUGUUCAAGGAGGACAAGAGACCCAACUGGGAUCAGAGGGCUGAAAUAGCACUGGGCGUUGCACGAGGCCUGCACUACUUGCACGAAGGAUGCGACACCCAGAUCAUCCACUGUGAUAUAAAGCCCCAAAAUGUGCUACUUGAUAAAAAUUACAUUCCUAAGAUUGCAGACUUUGGGCUUUCAAAGCUUCUGAGGAAGGACCAAACUCGAACCAGCACCAACGUCAGAGGAACGAUGGGAUACAUGGCACCGGAAUGGCUCAAGAAUGCGCCAAUAACAACCAAAGUGGACGUCUACAGCUUUGGAGUGGUGCUACUUGAGACUAUUUGUUGUAGAAGGCACAUGGAGUUGAAUCGGAUCGAGGAGGUGAUUCAAGAAGGAGAAGAGCUGAUUUUGACAGACUGGGUUCUAAGCUGCAUGAGAUCUGAGAAGUUAGAGAUGAUAGUGAAGCAAGACGCUGAAGUACUGAGUGAUUUCAAGAGGUUUGAGAGAAUGGCAAUGGUGUCUAUAUGGUGCAUUCAUCCCAACCCAGCUCUUCGACCAUCCAUGAAGAUGGUGAAUCAAAUGUUGGAAGGGACGAUUGAAGUUGGGAUUCCACCCCUGCUCAUGAAUCCAGAAACUUUUUAAUUAAAUAAAUGUGACGUUGUAUUCAUACAUUGCCUUCUAAACCAGAAUAUAUUACAAAAUGGAAAGAUAGAAGCUAGAGCUAUAUAUGUGUUUGUAUCCAGGUUGAUGAUUCUGUGUGAGAACUAAGAAUUGCUUGGUAUAUUAAUGGUAUAACUAAG